CUCGCUCAAGACGCAAAGCAUAACACCACAUACCUACAUCCUCAUCAUAUCCUCCUCCUCUACUCUAGGGUUUCCUCUCUUCUCCUCCGCCUCCAACACCACCAGGAAGUUGGCAGUUUAUUCUGCUACAGUAGUUUUUCAAAGUGGAGAGUGUGAAGUUUGUACCCUAUUUUAUGUCUGAACGGGCCUCUCUCUAUUGGUCAUCAAUUGGAUUGCUUGGUGAAUACUGUCCUACUAGAAAAAAGUACAGGUUUACGGCUGCCGAAGUUGAAUGCAUCCAUCUUGGAUCAUUAGAAGCCGUUAACAAUCAGUCUCUUGGUUGCCAUUUUAUGCAACCUGUUCUUGUUGCUGAUUUUUCUGGUAGAGGAGCCCUUCUUUUAUAUUGAUUGUCUUUCACACGUUUAUUGAAGAUGGCUCUACAGAACAUUGGUGCUUCCAACCGUGACGAUGCCUUCUAUAGGUAUAAGAUGCCAAGGAUGAUAACAAAGAUAGAAGGCAGAGGAAACGGCAUCAAGACAAACGUGGUUAAUAUGGUGGAAAUUGCGAAGGCCUUGGCCAGACCUGCUUCGUAUACCACCAAGUAUUUUGGUUGUGAGCUUGGAGCCCAGUCAAAGUUUGAUGAGAAGACUGGAACGUCCCAUGUUAAUGGAGCUCAUGACACUGCUAAGCUUGCUGGACUUCUUGAGAACUUCAUUAAGAAGUAUGUGCAGUGCUAUGGCUGUGGGAACCCGGAGACUGAGAUUAUCAUCACUAAGACACAGAUGCUGAAUCUUAAAUGUGCAGCCUGUGGAUUUGUGUCUGAUGUUGACAUGAGGGACAAGCUUACGACUUUUAUCCUUAAGAAUCCUCCUGAGCAGAAGAAAUCUGCCAAAGAAAAGAAAGCCCUGAGGAGAGCAGACAAAGAGCAGCUCAAGGAAGGGCAAAUUGCUGAUGAGGAGCAAAAGAAACUUAAGAAGGAAGCGGCGAAAAAGAAAGGCACCUCCGGCUCCAAAGUAUCAAGCAAGAAGAGGACCUCCGGUUCUGAUGAAGAUCACUCCCCUACUAGGAGCCAGGGAGAUGGGAUGGACCAAGCUGCUGAUGACGAUGAUGAUGUCCAGUGGCAGACAGACACAUCCAUUGAGGCAGCAAAGAAGCGAAUCGAGGAGCAGUUGAGUGCUGUUACUGCUGAUAUGGUCAUGCUUAAUACCACUGAAGAGAAGAAAAAGUCCCCACCAAAGUCUCCAGAGCGUGAAAAGAAAGCAGAAGCCAAGAGUGAGAAUGGUGUUGAUGAUGUCCAUGGGAAGCUUGUUGAUGAGAUCAAGCAAUCCUUGAAGGCAGGGAGCAGUGCCAGUCAGCUCAAAACCCUUUUCGGUACUCUGUGUGGUACUCCCCAAGAGAAAAUGGAUGCCUUACUUGAAGCCCUCUUUGAAGGUGUUGGAAAGGGGUUUGCCAAGGAGGUGAACAAGAAGAUCAAGUACAUCUCUGAAGCAACCAAAGCCGAGGGCUCUCAGCUGGUUUUGUUGCGUGGAUUUGAGUCCUUCUGUGGUAAGGCAAACCCUGAUGCUACAAAGGAGGUGGCUUUGGUUUUGAAAUCGCUGUACGAUGAAGAUGUGCUGGAGGAGGAAUACAUCAUGAAGUGGUAUCAGGAAGGGUUAAGUGGCAAGGCUAAAAGCUCCCCUAUUUGGAAGAACAUUAAACCUUUCAUUGAGUGGCUCCAGAGCGCUGAGUCCGAGACAGAAGAGGAGUGAAUGGGCGCUUCCUAAGAUGCUCUCGGUGGUUUUUCUGCUUGAUUACCAGUAUUAUGAGUCGUGUUUCUUAUUAUUUCCAAUUGUGUAUUAGUGGUCUGUGUCUGGAAAUAAAGUGGGAGUUGAUGGUUGGGCUUGUCUUGUCCAGCCUGCUCCUAUUAUGCUUUGCUUUUCGUUUGGUUUGGACGUAGAGACCCUUGGGUCUUAUUUGGUUAUGUUAUUUGUUUCAAUAAUAAUUUCAGUACUUCAUGUUUUACCU